AUGAUAUUGUUAUUUGGAAAAGCCAAGAUCAAGUGCCAAGCGGGAGAAAUUGCUCCAAAUGGUUUCGGAGUUGGAGGCUGCAGCCCUUUAAUGGAAAUGUAUUUACUGAGGCCUGUUACCAAAGCUGCUGCUGCUGCAUAUUUUGAGGAACAAAAUGCUCAAACUAUUGCCAGGUGCCUGGUGGGCAGCACGCGCUCACUGCGCCGCCAGUGGUCGCUGGAGCGUGGCGACGUGCUGGCGGCUGCGGCAGCGGCUGCGGGAGACGCGGCAGAUAUGAGGGGUUCAAGCCAUGUGGGGGGCGCAGCGAAUGUGGUGGGUACGGGAGAGGUCGUGGGUGAGCCGCUCGCACUGCGCGCCCCCCCGCCCCGCGCGCCGCUUGCACGCUACCGCACGCGCCCUGAGCCGCCCCUACCAGACGACACACGCGUCUCCUAA